AUGAAUUUGUCAAAAACGGCGAAAAUAUUAUCUUUCCGAAAAUCUUCAACUACCCACAUUUUGAUUAGAAACGCUACGAGAUGGUACCCUGAUGCGGAAUAUUUAGAAAGUUUUAGAGGUCCAGUUAUGUAUCCCAACGAGAUAACUAAAAAUUGGAAGGUCGCUCCUUGGAAUGCCAAGAAAAAACCGCCGGAAAGAAUCAUUCAAAAUAUGGUUCUAAAUUUUGGACCCGCUCAUCCUGCCGCGCACGGUUGCUUACGUCUAAUACUAACUCUAGAUGGCGAGCUUGUAAAACGCCUUGAUCCCCACGUAGGACUACUUCACAGAGGAACCGAGAAGCUGAUCGAAUACAAAACUUAUACGCAAGCCUUACCAUACUUUGAUAGGUUGGAUUACCUUUCGCCUUUGGUGAACGAAUUAGCUUUUUGUUUAGGUGUAGAAAAACUGCUUGGUAUAAAAGUUCCCAAACGAGCUCAAUAUAUUCGAACAAUGCUCGCCGAAUUAACAAGAUUGAAUAAUCAUUUAGCUGCUACUUCGUUUUUAACAUUGGACGUUGGCAGUAUCACGCCUUUAUUUUGGUAUUUCGAAGAAAGGGAAAAAUUGUAUGAAAUUUUCGAAAGGGCAUGCGGGUCGAGGAUGCACGCUUGUUAUUACAGAAUUGGAGGAGUGAGUCAGGAUUUACCACUUGGUUUGUGCGAUGACAUUUACGAGAUAGUAAAGAAAAUUCCCGAAAGAAUCGAUGAAGUAGAAGACGUUGUAACAAAAAAUCGAUUAUUCAUUGAAAGAACUAAAAAUAUCGGAACUGUCAAAGCACACGAAGCGAUGAACAGAGGAUUCUCAGGUCCCAUGUUGAGAGCUUCGGGUAUCAAAUGGGAUGUGCGCAAAAUGCAACCGUACGAAGUAUACGAUGAAUUAGAUUUCGAAGUUCCUAUCGGCUUAAAUGGCGACGUUUACGAUAGAUAUUUGCUCAGAAAUAACGAGAUGAGGCAAUCUUGUAGAAUGAUUGUGCAAUGUUUGAAUCAAAUGCCAACGGGAGAAAUCAAAUGCGACGACCAUAAAAUUUCGCCCCCGAAUAGAAAAGAAAUGAAAACUUCGAUGGAAGCCUUGAUACACCAUUUCAAAUUGUUUUCCCAAGGGUUCCAAGUACCGCCGGGCGCUACUUAUACUAGUAUCGAACAUCCAAAAGGCGAAUUUGGUGUAUAUUUAGUGUCUGAUGGUUCAUCUGUCGUAUAUAGAUGCAAAAUAAGAAGUCCUAGUUUUAUACAUUUAUCUGCAAUGGAUUAUAUGGGUAGAAAUCAUUACAUAGCAGAUGUUGUAGCUAUGUUAUCUACCUUAGAUAUAGUGUUUGGUGACGUUGAUAGAUGAGAUUCACGUUUAUAAAUCUCAAGAAAACACGUUACGAAACAAGCAUUAACAUUUAUUCUAUUUUUAAAAAAAUAUAUCAGUUGCUUAACGGUUUUGGUGCCGUUCGUCAUUUCAGAAGUAAUCGAGUAUCUAAUAAAUUGAAAUAAAAUGAAUUUACAAUUUUGAAAAAGGUUCUUUAUCUAUACUAUCCCCUUACUAUUUUCCAAAUUUGACUUGAUUUAAUGAAUGGAUUUCCAAGAUUAGUCUGGGUGGUCCUUUUUGAGGUCAUUCCCAGAUUAGUUCAAAUGCUUCUGUAUAUCUUUAAAUCAUCUGUAUGUCCGAAUUAAACCCCAAACUACUGAACGAAUUUUCACCACUAAAUAGAGUGUUUUAUGAGGAAAGUUUACGGUUGGCUUAAAUAUGACACUAAUUGUUAGCAGUAUCGCAAAAAUUUUAGCCGUUUUGAAAAUGCUGCUCAAUAUAUUUGAAAUAUAAAAAAUAUGGUGGAGUAAUCUUCUGUUUUACAUCUACAAAACAAUUUUCGAUAAACAUUAAGUCAUUAUUUUUUGCAUUCAACUCGCCACAAGUCAGCGAAAAAUCAAUAUUUCUUUUUGAAAAUUCAAUAGCAUAUUCUUCAACUAUUUCAUAAAUUAUCAAAAGUUGUCCGAAAUUUUCAAAGCAUUUUUCGGGUGGGAUAUUUUGGAAAUUUUUUAUCAUGGUAUUAUGACUUCGUACAUUGAAAUGAAAAAGUUUAGUGGCAAAGUUUUAAAUCAUCCAUCAUUAUAUAUACAGUCUAAAAAAUCAUAGAAUAAGGAAGUUAUUCAGAUAAUUCCAGCCCUUAAUCUCUUUUAGAAAAGAAGCUUUCGAUUUUUUAAGUUCCUUGUAGUAGUACUAAGCUUUUUUUGUAUAUGCACUUGCCAAAUACGAAUAUUAACAUUUUUUUCAACUAAAAAAUUUCUUACAAUCAUUAUAAAUAAUUUAAUUAUGCAAAUCGUUAUAAAAUUGCACCCUAGUGAGCAACGGACAGAAAUACCACGUCUAUGGAUAAAUUAACAACCAAAAAUUACAUUUUUCAUAAAAAUAUCUAUUUAAUUUACAGCCCUUCAUAAUUUUUAAUACCACAUAACUUUAGACAUAAAAUAUCUUUAUGGAAUUAAUUUUUUAUGCUUGGUUGGAAACAAGAUUACCACUAAACUUCUUUGUAUAGUAAUUAGCCUUUUCAUUUAGAUAUAAUGGUGAAAAACAUUCUCAGAAGCCUGCUUUUUGCUUUGUAGUAAACUGUAGUACUACUUCGAAAAGAGAACAUUAAUUUAUACUCAAUGGGGUGAAGAUACAAUUAUAUUAGAUAAUACUGUUCUAGUUUCUACUGUCCUAAUCAAAGUCUGCCCCUAAUUGUUGCAGAUUAAUCGGGUUUUUUAUGUCUUGUAUCUCUAUUUCUGAUUGUUCCAAUUGUUCAAAUUACGUCUCAAGUUUUUUUGAAAAAAAUUAUUAUUAUUUAAAAGCACAUUCAAUAAAAUUUAUCUUCACAGUUAAUGGAAUAGGAAUAAAAUAUGGCACUAUAAAAAAUCACAGUCGUAGAUCACUCCACUCCACUAAAGCUUUAAGUGUCACAACAGUUAGAGCGAAUAUCCAAAAAAGCUAAUGUAAUUCAAGCCCAGACACAAGUAUUCCGCAUUUUGUAUAUUGCUUAAAAGCUUAUUUGCAUAAAAUAAAAUAAAAAUUCAAAACAACUCUCACUGCCAAAAAAGCUAAUACGAGAAAAUCUAUUGUUGACCCCACGGCCGCUAUUCAGACGUAAAUCAGCUGUUUUCUUAGAUUGCUCCACAGGAUAAGAAAGUCGACUU